AUGGCGUCCGCGGUGUCUUCUUUCACUCCCAUUGACCGAGUCUUGGACGGCCACAUCACUCCAGGAACUCUCAUCAACUUGAUCGGACUGGUCACUGAUUUCAGAACUCCAAUUCCAACCAGAAAAACCGGUAUCUUCAGUAACUCCCUCAUCGCUGUCUCGCAAUCAUUGACAAUAAUCACUGUAGACUACAAAGCUGAGAUUCGCUUCUACGAUGAAUCUACUCAGCAUGACAGCUCCAAGUCUUUGAACAUACACAUGUUCCGCCAACCAGACGCCAUGCCGAUACCUUCUUUGGGCGAUGUUGUCGUAAUUUUCAAGGCAAAGGUCCAAUUCUUCCAAUCUGAGUAUUCUCUCAUGACGCAUUACUUGACAGACGUCUACGUAUUUACCGCCUCGCGUGUUCCAAGGCCUCCUCAAGACGCCCAGGAUGCCUUGCACUCAAAGUCACUGGGCAAGACCCCCAAAUCUCUUACCAAGGCCGAUUUGGGCCAUGUAUCCGCUUUCUACCAUCGGAUUGAUAAGGAGAGGGUUCCAACGACAAUUGAAUACAACAACGCAGUGGCGAGUUCCGGCCAGAUCAAGGAAAAGUCUAGCCUUCUCAAAGAUGCCUCUGUCCGGCGCUUCGUCGAUGUCAUCGCCGAAGUAGUCAAAACGCCGUACGACGACGGCGAGAAGUUUACUCUUUGGAUAUCCGACUACACCGAGCAUUCGAAUUUCUUCAAUUUUGCCAUAAAAAGCCUUGAAUCUCACACUCGCUCUACACGUAACUAUAACGGCGACUCCCGUGCUACAGAAGCUGACUGGGCUGGCCCGUACGGCAAGCGCAGCAUGCAGAUUACAUGCUGGGAACCGCAUGCUGAGGCCAUCAGGACCAACAAGAUAACUCUUGGCUCUUGGGUCGCUAUUCGAAAUCUUCAGAUUAAAUUUGGCCGCAACAGCAGCAACCUGGAAGGUUUUCUUCGAGGAGACCAACGGUAUCCAAACAGAGUCUACAUUUCCAAGCUCGAUUACGAGGUGGAUGGCGAUUCCAUGGACCCCAAAUUCAAGGACACGAUUCGUCGCCGGCGAGACUAUGAAAAGGAGAUGAAGAAACAGCUCAAGUCUAUAAGUGAAGCCGCCAGUGCCGGGCAGAAGCGGCGGGCAGCUCUUGACGAAGAUCAAACCCCUCGUAGCCCCAACUCGAAAGCAAAACGCAGCAAGAAGCGAAAGAAUGCGGAAAAGAGUAAAAAAAAUAUACAAAAUCCCGAAAAAGAGAAUCCUUCCACGCCCGAACCAGAUGUCGCCAAAAUAAAACUCAACUCUACCAUCAAAUGUGAAAAUGAGAAACAACCACUCAGCACGGUGGCAGAAUUGCUCGAACAAUUUUACUUUGAAACACUCAUCGGCAAGGACGCUGCGAAACUGCCGCUGCCCUUUACAAACGCAAAUUACCGAGCGACUGUCCGCGUCACCGACUACCUGCCACACAGCCUAGCAGAUUUUGCAUUUCCAAAGCGCAAAACUGGUAUGUAUCAUGCAUUGAGCUCAGACGGGGAGUCUGAGCCGUCAGAGGGCGGGGACGACGAACAGACCAUGGAUCGACACGUCACGUCUGAAAAGAUUGUCGGGUGGGAGUGGCGCUUCCACCUCCUCCUCGAGGACGCACAGGAUCCUGACGCAGCCCACCAUGACAAGGUCUGGGUCACCGUCGACAACCACGCCGCGCAGUGCCUGUUGAGCAUGAACGCCUGCGAUCUCCGCAACAGCAAGGCCGUGGUCGCAAGGCUGCGCGAGAAGCUCUUCUACCUCUGGGGCGACCUGGAAGAGAAGAAGACGGCGCGGCUCCAGCGCAGAGAAAAGGUCGAGAAGCAGGCGCGCGCCAACGGGCCGCCGGUGGACAGCGACGACGAGGAAGCCGCGAGCGCCGCCGCCGUGGUGCCGGCGAACCGCCCAUUCUCGUGCUGCAUCAGGCAGUAUGGGAUCAAGAUGCGCGAGGAAGACGAGGGAAAGGCGGACGCGGGCGAGAAGAAGCGCUGGCAGCGCAUGUAUGGCUUGUUCGGGACGCAAAUAUCCGUGCCGGACAUGGCCAGGGCCGAGUAG